CAAUGUAGUUUCUCUUUUUUCACACAAACACAAACACACACACCGAACACUCAUUCAAAAUGGCAUACAAGCACAUAAUCUCCUGCCUCUUGUUUGUAACACAAUUGCUUAUGCUAGUCACCAGAAUUGAGUCAAAAGUAUCGGCAGUUGUGGUGUUUGGAGACUCCACUGUCGAUGCUGGGAACAACAAUUUCAUUCCGACGAUUGCGAGGAGUAAUUUUGAGCCAUAUGGUCGUGACUUUCCCGGUGGCCGCCCCACCGGUCGGUUCUCCAACGGUCGAAUUGUUACUGAUUUUAUUUCUCAGGCUAUGGGGCUCAACCCAACUAUACCUGCCUACUUGGAUCCUGCUUAUGAUAUUUCUGCUUUUGCUGUUGGUGUCACUUUUGCUUCUGCUGGUACUGGGUAUGACAAUGCCACAUCUGAUGUUCUGUCUGUGAUACCACUAUGGAAGCAAUUGGAAUACUACAAGGACUACCAGAAGAGACUAAAAGCAUAUAUGGGAGAACCCAAAGGUAGCCAAACAAUAAGCGAGGCCUUGUACAUGACAAGCAUGGGAACCAAUGAUUUCCUGGAGAAUUACUACACAAUGCCAGGACGAUCUAGUCAAUAUACUCCCGAAGAAUACCAGAAUUUCCUCGUCGGAAUCGCGAGAAACUUUGUUCAGGAACUCUAUGGGCUCGGGGCUCGGAAAAUAUCGCUCGGCGGGAUUCCUCCGAUGGGUUGUAUGCCAUUAGAGAGAACCACAAACACAGCAGGUUCAUAUGAUUGUGUGGAGAGAUACAACACUAUUUCUCUUCAAUUCAAUGACAAGUUGAAGAAUAUGACUGUGGAGUUGAACAAGGAACUUCCUGGGAUCAAGCUGGUUUUCUCAAAUCCUUAUUCUCCUCUGAUGAAUAUCAUAAAAAGACCUUCACUUUAUGGGUUUCAAGUGACUGGAGCAGGGUGUUGCGCUACAGGGAUGUUCGAGAUGGGUUACGCUUGUUCCCGAACAAGUAUGUUCACCUGUACUGAUGCAAAUAAGUAUGUGUUUUGGGAUGCCUUCCAUCCGACAGAGAAAACAUACCACCUAAUUGCAGAUUACAUUGUGAAGAAUUUUCUUGCCGAAUUUAACGUUUGAUAUGUACCUUAAUCUAUCUCUCCGUCUUUACAGCAAUAGAGAGAUUUGCAAUAGAUAUAGAUAAAUCUUGUGUGGUGAUGAAUAUUAAGGGGGGUUUAAUGUAAUGUUUUGAAGCAUAUUAUUAGCCAUUCUGUUUUGUCUUGC